AUGAAGAUCUACCUCAGCUUUUAUUUUCUUUGUAAAUGGACGCGUCUGUGCGCUUUUACUGAGACUGCGUAGGUCGUCUUUGCAAUACUGGGAUUUUUUGGCAGCAGUAGCACUUAAUAGCUUAUAUAUUUAGCUGCAUCUUUUUAAAUAUUAUUUUCACAACAAAUGUGCCUCCCUGUGCGCCUCAGCUGCACCAAAGUUUAGAUUGUAAUGUAAGACGUUGCCAUUUUGGACUACUUGAAUACGGGCCCCCAGUCAGUUGAGCAGUAGCUGUGCACCAGUUGUGUCAGGGGCGCGGUCUGCCCUGUGGCUCCCUGCUGCUUUGCUUUGGUGUUGGUGGCUGUGGAGUUAGGACGGAGCGCCUCAUUCAUCCACUGCGGCGGAUAUGGCGGACGCGGCGGAGUGCACUAUCAAGGUGGUGUGCCGGUUUAGGCCACUGAACAGCGCCGAGGUAGCCCGGGGAGACAAGUACAUCCCGAAGUUUCAGGGGGAGGACUGUGUGCAGAUUGCGGGUAAACCGUACUACUUUGACCGUGUGUUCCAGUCCAACACAACUCAGGUUCAAUUCUACAACGCUGUUGCCCAGAAGAUUGUCAAAGAUGUUUUGGAAGGAUACAACGGGACAAUAUUUGCCUACGGGCAGACAUCUUCUGGCAAAACACACACGAUGGAGGGGAAACUUCAUGACCCAGAAAUGAUGGGAAUCAUUCCGAGGAUUGUGGAGGACAUCUUCAACUACAUUUACUCCAUGGACGAGAACCUGGAGUUUCACAUCAAAGUUUCAUAUUUUGAAAUCUAUCUGGACAAAAUCAGGGACUUGUUGGACGUAACAAAGAAGAACCUUUCUGUGCACGAGGACAAGAACAGGGUUCCCUAUGUCAAGGGGUGUACCGAGCGUUUUGUGUGCAGUCCUGCGGAGGUCAUGGACUCCAUAGACGAAGGCAAAAACAACCGACACGUGGCUGUCACAAACAUGAACGAGCACAGCUCCCGGAGUCACAGCAUCUUCCUCAUCAACAUCAAGCAGGAAAACACUCAGACUGAUCAGAAACUUACCGGCAAGCUCUACCUCGUCGACCUAGCCGGGAGUGAAAAAGUGGGCAAAACAGGAGCAGAAGGCACGGUGCUGGAUGAGGCCAAGAUGAUCAACAAGUCGUUGUCUGCACUGGGGAAUGUCAUCUCAGCUUUGGCAGAGGGUUCGGCCUACGUUCCAUACAGGGACAGUAAGAUGACCAGGAUCCUGCAGGACUCCUUGGGAGGAAACUGUCGGACGACCAUGGUCAUCUGCUGCUCUCCUUCCUCGUUCAACGAUGCAGAGACCAGGUCUACGUUGCUGUUUGGACAGAGAGCAAAGACCAUCAAGAACACGGUGUGUCUGAACGUGGAGCUGACCGCGGAGCAAUGGAAGAAAAAGUGGGAGAAGGAGAAAGAGAAAAACAAAACGCUGAAAACCACAGUCACCUGGCUGGAGAACGAGCUCAACCGCUGGAGGAAGGGAGAGAGUGUGCCAGUGGAGGAGCAGUUUGACAAAGAAAAGGCCAAAGAAGAGGCGCAGGCCCUGGACACUGCACUCAACAACGAUAAGGCUGCUCCUAAUCCCGCCCUGAGCAGCCUGCCUGCAGUCAAACUCACAGAUGCAGAGAGAGUGAAGUACGAGGCGGAGAUGGCCAAGCUGUACAAAGAGCUGGAUGACAAGGAUGAUGAGAUUAACCAGCAGUCUCAGUUGGUUGAGAAGCUGAACCAGCAGAUGUUGGACCAGGAGGAGUUGUUGUCCUCCUCUCGCCGUGACCACGACGUCCUGCAGACAGAGUUAAACAGGCUCCUGGCAGAGAAUGAAGCCUCCAAGGAGGAGGUGAAGGAGGUGCUGCAGGCCCUGGAGGAGCUGGCCGUCAACUACGACCAGAAGAGUCAAGAGGUUGAGGACAAGACAAAGGAGUUUGAGGCUCUAAGCGAGGAGCUGAAUCAGAAAUCUAGCUCCUUGGCCUCCAUUGACUGUGAGCUCCAGAAACUGAAGGAGAUGACCAACCACCAGAAGAAGAGGGUGACGGAGAUGAUGUCGUCUCUGCUCAAAGACCUGGCUGAGAUAGGCAUCGCAGUGGGAAGCAAUGACAUUAAGCAACAAGAGAGCAGCGGCCUCAUAGACGAAGAGUUCACCGUGGCCCGUCUCUACAUCAGUAAGAUGAAAUCUGAGGUGAAGACGAUGGUGAAGCGUAGCAAGCAGCUGGAGAGCACCCAGGCUGAGAGCUCCCAGAAGCUGGACGACACCGAGAGGGAGCUGACUGCCUGCCAGCUCCGCAUCUCCCAGUAUGAAGCUAAAAUCAAGUCCCUGACAGACUGCCUCCAGAAUGCGGAGCAGAAGAAAAGACAGCUGGAGGAAAAUGUGGACUCUCUCAAUGAGGAAAUAGUUCGGAUCAAAGCCCAGGACUUUCUCCUUCCAGAGAAAGUUAACGCCAUGGAGAAGGAGAAUGAGAUCCAGUCUGCCAAUGAAGUAAAGGAAGCGGUGGAGAAGCAGAUCCAGUAUCACAGAGACACCCAUCAGAGGCAGAUCAGCAGCCUGAGGGAUGAGCUGGACAAAAAGGAGAAGCUCAUCAUGGAGCUGCAGGAUCUAAACCAGAAGAUCAUGCUGGAGCAGGAGACGCUGAGAGUGGAGCAUGAAAAACUCAAGACCUCUGACCAGGAGAAGAGCCGCCAGCUGCAAGAGCUCACGGCGAUGCAGGACAGACAGGAGCUGGCCAGACAGGACCUGAAGGGACUGGAGGAGACUGUGGCCCGAGAGCUGCAGACACUCCACAACCUGAGGAGGCUAUUUGUCCAAGACCUGUCCACAAGGGUGAAAAAGAAUGCACAUAUGGACUCAGAUGAAGCAGAUGGCAGCGCUGCCCAGAAACAAAAGAUCCGCUUCUUGGAGAGCAACCUUGAGCAGUUAACUAAAGUUCACAAGCAGCUAGUGCGGGACAAUGCUGACCUUCGUUGUGAGAUCCCUAAAAUGGAGAAGCGCCUGCGGGCCACCGCUGAGCGGGUCAAAGCCCUGGAGGCCGCCCUGAAGGAGGCCAAAGAGAACGCGGCACGCGACCGUAAGCGCUACCAGCAGGAGAUGGAGCGCAUUAAGGAUACCGCCAAGCCCAAAAACAUGGGCAGGAGAGCCUCGAUAGCCAAGCCCAUCCGACCAGGCCAGCUGCCAGGAGUCUCUCUCUUGAACGCCAGCGUCAACAGCUUCUGAGGAUGCAGACAGACGUCCAAACUUAAAGCCAAAGCCCCAGACCAACACUAAACUUUCACCAGGAACCACUGCACCAUUCAUCCAAUGGCAUGUUAAAAUGUGUAUAUACUGUAUAUAAGUGCAGUCUAGGUUGUGCAGCGUCUCGUCUUUAAAACUUUUAGACUCAGGCUUAUCAAAACUUGAGACUGAGACUGCUCUGCCCAGAAUAUGACAAGUCAUUGUUGUGCCUUUCUUUUACAUGCUCAGCUGUCAGUAACUUAUGAAGAUAUUAGGCUAACAUGAAUGUACGUAUCAGACCUUGAUGAACCUACUGGACAAAAGAACAUUACUAAAAACCUGGCUGAACACUAGCAACAUUCCUCUUAGUUUCCGCUUAUUUUUUUUUUUUUGCUUUUUGACUGGUCAAUAUAUGAUGGUGAUGAUGAUUAUUAUAUAUUAUUUUUUAUGCAACAGUUGCAAAUAACACAUUUCAAGAAUGAAAUGAUUAAAUGAAAGAUUUAAACGUUUAAAUCUAAUAAGUUAUAUUGCACUGAGUUUGCGCAGUUGCCCUGCAGCACCUGUACCGUACCGUACAGAGAUCUCUCAGUGAUGCACUUCUGCCAAUGCAGCAUUAUUGUUAUGUGCAGAUAGUUAUAAAUAUCUGUCUAUAUUUUGGUUGGUCAAAAUGAUACUGCAGUUUUUUUUUCUUUAAGUGAAGAAGAACUGUGGCGUCACUACACUGUAGACCUCAAACGACUUUUUGUUCUCACGCCCUGCAUAUUUUUUUUUUUUUUAUCUCCCUGGUUUCCCAGUAACAUUUUCCUUUAUUUAAAUAUCUUAAAAAGCCACUAACUCCUCGGCUUCCCUCGGACUAUUUGACACUGGAACAGCACUCUCGCAUUUCAUGUCCAGGAAGGCAGAUGUUUUUAUCACUUCAACUGAAGGCACUUUUCAUGUCGUGCUGAAAUUAGCCUGUUGCUGCGGCGCGCUUCCACUUAUGGUUUUCUGUACACCGGGUCUUCAAAUUUUUAUUCUAGACAUAAUAAAUUGAAACUUGAAAGCA